GAGAGAGAUGCAACAAGGAGCUGCCUCUGCCACUGUUGCAACUAAUUCUGCGAUGCCUAAUGCUUCUAGGAACACGAACGCCGGUCAGUUGUCAGACUUUCUGGCCGUUUAUACACACGGAGGACGCUAUAUACAAUACAACAUCGCCGGUAAUCUGUUCGAGAUCACCUCCAAGUAUCGGCCUCCAAUAAUGCAAAUCGGAGGUGGCGCUUACGGAAGAGUCUGCUCUGUAUUGGAUUCGGAGACAAAUGAAAUGGUUGCUAUCAAGAAAAUACCCAAUGCUUUCGAUAACCAAACGAAUGCCAAACGGACACUACGCGAGAUUAAGCUCCUCCGACGUUUAGACCACGAGAAUGUCAUUGGUAUAAGAGAUGUAAUUCCGCCACCUGUACGAAGUGCAUUUUGUGAUGUCUAUAUUGCCACUGAACUUAUGGAUAUCGAUCUUCACAAAAUAAUUCACUCCCAUCAAGAGUUAUCAGAAGAUCACCGCCAGUAUUUCUUGUAUCAAAUCCUUCGAGCACUGAAGUAUAUACAUUCUGCAAAUGUUAUCCACAGAGACUUAAAACCCAGCAACUUCUUGCUGAAUGAAGAUUGUGAACUGAAGAUUUGUGACUUUGGUCUUGCUCGGCUAACCUCGGAGAAUGAUUUUAUGACAGAAUAUGUUGUCACCAGAUGGUACAGGGCACCAGAACUGUUGCUGAACUCAUCAUGUUAUACCGCUGCAAUUGAUGUGUGGUCUGUGGGUUGCAUCUUAAUGGAGCUGGUGAAUAGGAAAACAUUAUUUCCGGGUAGAGAUCAUAUGCAUCAGAUGCAUUUGCUGAUAGAGCUUCUUGGCACACCAAAUGAAUCUGAGCUUGGGUUUAUUCGGAAUGAAGAUGCAAGGAGGUAUAUUUGGCAACUCCCCCCUCAUCCUCGCCAGCCAUUUUCCAAAAAAUUCCCUCAUGUUCAUCCAGAUGCUAUUGACCUUGUUGAGAAAAUGUUGACAUUUGAUCCCACCAGAAGAAUCACAGUUGAGGAAGCGCUUGCUCAUCCUUACCUAGCAAGAUUUCAUGAUAUUGCUGAUGAACCUGUCUGCUCUGAGCCCUUCUCGUUUGAGUUUGAGAGACAGUCCUUGACGGAGGAGCAGAUGAAGGAGAUGAUAUACAGAGAAGCCUUAGCAUUUAAUCCUGACCAUGUUAUUUUAUAGGCCUUUGGUCUUGGCAUUGUAGAUGGAUGAAUGCGCAUCUAUACACAAUAUCAGAAUACAUGAUGCCUCAUGAAGGGACUA